GGGGGCCUGCGGUGCAUCAAGUACCUGCUGCUCGGCUUCAACCUGCUCUUCUGGCUGGCGGGCUCGGCUGUCAUUGCUUUUGGACUAUGGUUUCGGUUCGGAGGCGCCAUGAAGGAUUUCUCGUCAGAGGACAAGUCCCCAGAGUAUUUCUAUGUGGGACUCUACGUGCUGGUGGGAGCAGGGGCCCUGAUGAUGGCCGUGGGGUUCUUCGGGUGCUGCGGAGCCAUGCGGGAGUCACAGUGUGUGCUCGGAUCUUUUUUCACUUGCCUACUGGUGAUAUUUGCAGCUGAAGUAACUACUGGAGUAUUUGCUUUUAUAGGCAAGGGUGUAGCUAUCCGACAUGUUCAGACCAUGUACGAAGAGGCUUAUAAUGAUUACCUUAAAGACAGGGGGAAGGGGAAUGGGACGCUCAUUACCUUCCACUCAACAUUUCAGUGCUGUGGGAAGGAGAGCUCUGACCGGGUCCAGCCCACUUGCCCACAGGAGCUGCCAGGACACAAGAAUUGCAUUGAUGAAAUUGAGACCAUUAUCAGUGUAAAGCUCCAACUCAUUGGAAUUGUUGGUAUUGGAAUUGCCGGUCUCACGAUCUUUGGCAUGAUAUUCAGUAUGGUCCUUUGCUGCGCUAUACGAAACUCACGAGAUGUAAUAUAAAGCAACUUCUACAAGGAAACUGCAGUCUUGAACUCUCAUACAAAUGCCCCAGGAGCUUUCUCCUGGCUUGUUUUGGAUAGUCAAAGGACAGCACGCUCUAGAAUGCUUUGCUGUUAACUGUACAUUUGCACAUGUAUGUUUGCCUUGUUUCUAGUUCCCCUUGGAGUGACUGCCUGUGCGUGGUGACUGGGAGCAUAUUCAUGUGUGAGCUGAGUGUUUCCAGGACAUGCAUUAGACAUAGAGACCUGUUCACAGGGAAUUCCUGGUUCUUCUAUUUAACCCUCAGAAAAAGAUAAAAGAAAAAAACAAAACUUUGAUAGACUUUAAAAACUUGGUUAUUCUGAAAAAAUGAUAGUGGGUUAGUUUCUUGAACUCUAGUCAUAGAAGAAAACAUAAAACUAGGGAUGUUUAGGAAACAGGAGCAAUAAGCUACAGGAAUUGAGAAAUCAUGGUGCAGUGUUAAAACUGUCUGUCUGUGUUGCGUUCAAGGGUUUCCUGAGAUCUUUUUUUAUAUACAUACUCUCCUUAGAAUACAGUAAACUAGUUUUAGAACUAAACACAUCUGUAGAACUAAAUGUAGCAUGGAAAAUCUAAUUUGAAUAAAUCUUACUUUCCUGUACUUAAAAACGAAAAACCUCCCUCUGGAAAGAGUGGUCACACAGACAAUCAUGUACCCUAUCAAAGUGAGAGCUUUUAGGACUAAAAAAAAAAUCUUUUAACGACUUUGUAAAGAAGUAUUUUUGUUCAUAUAGAAAGACAUUUAAAUAUUUAUUACUUUCCUUAUCUGACUGCUGUGAACUACUGCAAUCCUUAACAUCCUCCAAAGGGCUUUUAUCUCCACCUUUCUGUUUCUCCGACUAUAUGGAUAGAAAGACUAAGCAAGAGAUCUGCCAGUGACAAAUUGUGGGGAAAGAGAAUUUUUACUGGCACUUUAUCUUUGAAAUACCUCAUAAUUUGAGUUUUAAAAUGAUCCUAGUUUUUUGCUAUUUAUUCACAUAGAGAAUCUUCCUCAUAGAUUAGGAACUAUAUUUUUUACCUUUAAAAUGAGUAAAGCAAAAUCCUUCAUAAUUCAAAUAUUUUCUCACGAGCUUCCUUGGCUAACCCAAAAUAGAGAAAAGCAUCUUCUGGUUGUGUGCGCACUACAAAGACAAGCUAAGAAAAUAAAAAUACACACUCCCACAGUAGAAAUGUGUUCUUUCUGUGCACGUUCCCUAUAAAAAUAAAAUUCUCAUGCUCUUUAUAGUCUUGAUGUUUCAAUGCAGUAUGAAAUCUCAAUUUAGGUUCUAGAAUGACUUAUUUGUCUAAUUUUUAAUAAUCUUGUAGUACAUCUAGUAAAGUAUUUUCUUUUAUUAAAAGACCACACAAAAGUGAAAGUAUGUGGGGCUUUAGAAACCCCAAUGUGAAUUUGCACAACUACAAGAACACAGGUCUUUGGGUGUGUGCUAAACUAAGUUUGCAUUCUGAUCAAACAUUUUUCUGAAAAGACAACCAUUUGUGGUAGUCUCACUCCCCAAGAAACCACAUUUCUCUCUCUAUUGUACUGCUACUGCUACUAACUUUGGAGGACGAUUUUCUAGAAGAAAAGUCAGAUGAGAAGCAGGCUAAAAUUUAUUUGUAUGGAUAGAUCACUGUCUAUAGCUAAAGAUUAUUUUAAGAAAGUCUCUCUAUGAAAUAGAUGUUAUACCCCAGUAACUAAGAAAUAGAAUCUUUUAAGCAGAGAACAGAUAAACCAUGUCUCUCGGGGCUUUAGUUCUUCUGUCUACCCAGAAAAAGGACACAGGCCCAAGUAUGUACUCAGGUUCCUUCUAGCACUGAAUCGUAUCUGAUUCAACAAAAGUGGAUUUCAUUCUGUAUCUGAAUGAACAACCUUAAAGAAGACUACACUAGCUAAAAGUGGAAGAGUAGAGACCUGUUCUAUUAUGAUUUAUAUGCUCUUUUAGGGAGUAAUUCCUUCAAAAUACGUGCCAUGAGUAAAAUUAGAGGAUUCUACCUCUGAACAAGGGUAGCUUUAUGUAUAGCUUGACUCUAUAUAUAUCUUGAAUUCCUAUUUAUCUUGAUUCUAUAAUCUUGAAUAUAUACACAUAUAUGACUUGAAUAUAUGUAUACGUGUGUGUGUGUACACACUCAACCAUGCUUAUGAAAAAACUUUCGGUUUUGUCUGUUUUCCUGAACUAAUUUGAAAUCAGACCCAAACCUUUCCUUAAGUAUCUCGUGCCAAGGCACUGAAGCAAGGCUUUUUAAUGAAGAAAUAUUUUAAGUUAUUUCAAAUUAAAUUUUCUGUGUACUAGAAUUGUUUG